AUGAACCACAACAGCACGAUCCCCGUUUGGCAAGUGGCAACAGCCGAGCCGGUUACGCGAGGACAGCCAAAUGCUGCCGCCGCCGUCAACCAAAACAAUGGUGGACAAUUUUCCACGCUAAAAUAUGUGACCAACGCACGGCAGAAUGUGAAAAUUAUAAGUUUCCCCGGGCAAAGUUCAGGGACCGGCGGCAGUAGCGAUGGCACCUUUUUGUACGAAACGACGAUCGAUAAUGGUUCGUAUCUGGCAGUGACAAAGGAACCGCAGCAACCACUCGCCCGGCGACCCGCAACAAUGUUGAACGAUUCCAUUCUGCUGCAAACGGCCGACGGUCAGGGCUAUUUGGUGGAUGAACGAUCGAUACAGAACAUUGAUCAGAUUCCACCGGAAAAUUUAAUCUACGUUACAUCGCCGGAUGCCGAACCGUCGGUCACCGGCCGAACAAUGAACCCUUCCUCGACCACUCCUUCCCUACAGUCCGGUGAUCAAAACCAGCUCGAUUACGUUGAUUAUGUUCCGUCACCGGACGAGCCGGAUCAAGCGCAGCAACCGUCCGAAGCCGAGUACGCGGAAGAGUGUCAAGUGACGGAGGAAAUCAUUACGGACGAUUGGGUCCAAUCGCAGGGUGAAGAGUGUGUGCAGGUAACAGUCGACCAGCUUGGCGUAAAUACGGCGAUCGCGGUGGAGGAUGACAUUUCGGUCCCGCUCGAUCAGGACCAGUACACACUUUCGCGCCCAUAUCCGUGCGAUUUCUGUAGCCGGCGGUUCCGCAAGAAGGCCAGCUUGCAGAACCAUCUAAUGGCACAUUCGAACGAUCGGCCGCAUGUGUGCUAUUUGUGUGGCGCACAGUAUGGACGACGAGCCGAUCUAAUCAACCAUCUGAAACAACAUGCGUACGCCGAUCAGGAUGAGUUAUCGCUGCGCGGAGGUGAUCAGGAUGCUGAUUACGAACUCCCGGAACUCGCCAGCACGACGAGUAACAUCAAACAUCGCAUCAGACACUCGAGCGAGGGUGAAGAUCUGUAUAUCCAGAACGCGAUGGUGAGCUACAAUUUGCAGCCGCCGAUGCAGCUCAUUUCCACUACCAACUAUGGGACGCCUUCUGCCACAACGGUAUCUUCCUACGAGCACAGCGAGAUGAGCUCGUCCUUUACCAACGGUUUGACGGACACUGAUAACCCAUAUCCAACCGGUUCUUCAGCGGUUGGAGAGAAACGAAUUGUAAGGAAGCGUAAACCACCCAUAGCGGCACGAACUAAACCGGCCGUAUUAACGUCUAAAAUAGCCACCACACCACGCGCUGCUAACCGUCAAAUCAAAAAGGAACCGGAAGACACUGUAACUACACCAGCGGCGGCCCCACCCCCAUUCGACGAACGGAAGCCAUUUGUCUGCCAGCAGUGUGGCAUCUCGUUUGGCAGGGCAAAAGCGUUGCAGGCCCAUUCGCGUACCCAUGCGGACAAAACGAAGUACGAUUGUGACUAUUGCUAUGCCCAGUUUUACGAAUGGUCGCUGCUUCAGUUGCAUAUUGAUCGUGUGCAUUCGUCGGAGCAAGGCAGCAAUCGUGAAUAUCACCACGAUUCUGGUGGCGGAGGAACAUCCAGCACGGCGGUGGUUUCCAAAAAGCGCUUUAAGUGUGAUCAAUGCAGCGCUAUUUUCUUCCAAUCGGAUCACAUUCUUAGCCAUCUCCAGCAGGCACACGGCAUUGUGUCGUCCUCGAUCGAAGCUACUACAAGCGAAGAGCGUAGUGUGGCCGUAAAGAAGGAGCUGAUACAACCGCCCUCUAGCGUGGAUUACGGGGAGCUCGAAGAUGAAGCUACUACUGAUCCGGAAAUCGAGGAAGAAGACUACGGCGAUCUAGAUUACACGAUCGAGGAACACUACGAAAAUCGUUCUAGCGAGCAGGAAACGGCGGAUCACUCGACCGCUCCACUAACUUGCCGCGAAUGUGGAGAUUCGUUCGAAAGUGGGAUGGAAUUGUUGGAACACUCCGAAUCGCACACAACCCGGUAUGAACCGCACGAGUGUCAGCUGUGUGGUGAAAAGUUCUUCGAUGAAGCCACCAUCAAGAAGCAUGUGCAGGAUCGCCACCAACACGAACUAACGGCCACAUCCUGUGCAAUCUGUGGCAAACGGUGCAAAAGUCAAACGACACUGAUCAAACACGCUUGGGAUCAUUCGCGCGAACGGACACACUCCUGCUCACAGUGUGGCAAAACGUUUCACCACAUGGCACGGUUGAAGCGGCACAUGGACUCACAUCGCAACAAGACGGUACGGUGUGAGGUUUGCAUGCAAGAAUUCCCGGACGGACGUACGCUGAUGAAUCAUCGCCAUUCGCACACGAAAUCGAACGAAUAUCCGUGCCAUGAGUGUGGCAAAACGUUCGGUUCCCGGUCAUCGCAACAGAUUCAUAUGCGAAUUCACACCGGAGAACGACCGUACGCGUGUCGCUUUUGUUGGAAAGCUUUUGCGGACGGUGGAACGCUGCGGAAGCAUGAGCGAAUUCAUACCGGCGAAAAGCCGUACGCAUGUCCGGUGUGUCCGAAAGCGUUUAAUCAGCGAGUGGUGCUGAGGGAACACAUCCGGGCACAUCAUUCGCAAGCUGACUCGAAGCGUGGUUCGGCUAAUCAGCCGUAUUAUUGUAGCGUUUGCAGUUCGCCAUUUUCUACGACCGGAGACCUGGUGCAGCAUCUAAUCGAGCAUAGUGACACGAACACAGCGAUGAAGCGCGAACCACCAACAUUUCCACGGAAGUACAAGCGACGACGAAAGCUAAAACCUCACGAGCUGGAGCGACUGCAGAGUGGCCGACGGAAGCAGAAAAGCAAGCAACAGGAUGACGAUAUGGAUGAGCUGGAGGAGGGUGGUUAUGAGGAAAGUAAUAGUGCUAAGGAAAGUGUGAAGCAAGGUACUAAAUCUUCGCUACUUUUGACGAACCAAGACGGCGAAUCACUCAAGAACAAACGGAGUGAAGAAUUGCGAGGACCCAAACGUCGUCCUUCGGCGCAUGACAUGCUACAUGCGAAUGGCAUUAAUCUGUUGACCAAUAUUGUGCUUCUUCAUGGACAACAGGAAGAGGACGAACCGUCGAAUUAUGAGCACGAUAAUCAUCCUCCGGAAUCUCCUCCAACAAUCGAAACCUCCAAAGCGAACCCGGGACUGCCAAGUAGCAGCCGUAUUGCUGCGAAAGCACCGAAAUUGAAGGUAGUUGCGCUAGCGCGAAAAAAACCUGCCUGCAAACGGCCUUCGACUUCGUUUGCCACCAAAGCUUCUCCCAAUGAAGGUGAUCAAAAGCUGACGGAUGGUGAGGAUCGAUCUUCACCACCGAACUGUGGUGCUACUGGUACGAUGACGAACGUGAUGGAAGCAUUUUUCCGUAGCCGCAAGAGGAACUCGCUGCUGCCGGAAAUAUCUCCACAUCGGAUCUCGUCCGUAGGAUUUCCUUUGCUGGACGAUGGAAACACAGACGAUCCGAUGGACGAACCGACGACCACGACGAUGGUGGAACAACCGCGCAAAAGCACUGCGUCAUUUAGCUCCUCGGACGAUCAUGAUUUGCUGAUGGAAAUUUCUCAAAAGAACAAGUACACGGAACGGUUCAACAGUGACACCGUGCAAGAUCUGGAAGAAAUCCUACGCUCACCGAUAAAGAGUGUCCCGUACAAGCAAAAAGAAUCAACGAGCCAGAAAGGCAAAGCAAAAGCCAAGAAUAAAAAGGCAUCAUCGUCCAACAAACAGCCCCCGAAAGUGGUCGAAAAGAAGGCGAAGAAAGUCGUUGCACCAACAUCUCCACCAGCAGUGUUGCGCAGUCAGCGGUUAACGCGCCGUCAGCUCGAACGAGAGGUCAACUUCUUGAAGGAAGCGUACGAAACGAAUGUACCGAGCUGUGUGCCAGAAUCGGGCAAGGAUAAUGACCCAACUCCCGGUACAAUUCUGCCUUCGGAAGUGAUGGACAAUGGAGGGGUUUCGGUUAGCAUAGUGAAUAGUACACCGGAGGAACGGGUGGAUGCUUCCGAACGGUUAGCUGCAAUGUUGCUAAACGAUGGCUUACCACCAGACGAUACACAAAGCAGCAGCACCGGCAGUAACAGCGGUUGUGGUGAUAGCAGUAUCAGCAACGUUUUCCACCAUCAACAGCAAGAUAACUUCAGCUCCAAAACGUAUGCAGAAUCAUUGCAUAUGAUGGAAUUGCCAGGUGUACAGAAGAUUGAAGAUGAAAACGAUCCGGACGAUAGCUGCCUGUACGGGGACAACGAAACCACUACCUCAGGUGAUGGAGCAGACUAUCGAUGUUCGAUCUGUGCUGCCUGUUUUGAUGAUCGAGCACAGCUCAUCCUACACGUUCCGGUACAUAUUUAAGC